UCGGUUUUCGUGUGCACGUGCAGUGAAGCAUUGAUGUCUGGCAUCUUGCAGUUUUUCAGUAUGCCUUCUACACGGAUAUUGAUGAACGAGAGGAAACAUAUAUUCAACUGUUUAAUGAAACACAGGCUGUUUGUACCUGCCUCUGGUUACAAGAUCGACAACAAUGCAUUACUAUCUGCAACGCGGCGUCAAUGUCUGAGACCUCUCCACAGCCAGAUUUCACUGACCGCCGGUCAAAGAUGGGGCGUGUCCAAAUUUCUGACCCCUUCAGUUUCUUUAAGUAAUGGUCUUAGAGGAUAUGCAAAGAAGAAAAGUAAAAACAAGGCUGAUAGCUCAAGUGACAGUGACAGUGAUGAGGAAGAGGAUAGUGAGGAUGAGGAUGAGGAUGAUGAUGACAUCACUGAUGAUGGUGGAUCUGUGAUGAAACUCCAUGUCCGCUCUCUCCGAACUGACAGCAUUCUCAGUAAAGGAAUGAACACAGGACGCGAAAAAAUUGAUAAGCUGUUUCUUGCUAAUCGACUUAGACUAAAUGGCAAUGUGCUUCUGAAGAAAAGUAAACAGUUAGUUGAAGGAGACUAUGUGGAUAUGAUCAUACAGAAUGCAGAAGAUGAAACGAAAGUGAAGAGAUUGAAGGUGCUCAAGAUUCUGGGUGAAAAGACUCGCACCGACAAGCAUGCGGUUAAAGUUCAAGUGUGGAGGAAGGCAUUUGAUCCUACAGAUGAUGGGCAGUCCCAUUAGAGGAAGGGGAGUGCCUGAGGAUGAACGAGUGGUAUACACCAGGGAAUAAAAGGACUCUUGUUCCCUUUAAAAUUGUGACUGUGACUUCAGCUUGCAUUUAGGACUGGCCACUUGCAUCUUGGACUGGCCACAUGCAUCUAGGACAGGCCACAUGCAUCUAGGACUGGCCACUUGCAUCUGGGACUGGCUACUUGCAUCUAGGACUGGCCACUUGCAUCUAGGACCGACCACUCGCAUCUAGGACUGGCCACUUGCAUCUAGGACUGGCUACUUGCAUCUAGGACUGGCCACUUGCAUCUAGGACAGGCCACAUGCAUCUAGGACUGGCCACUUGCAUCUAGGACUGGCCAUUUGCAUCUAGGACCGGCCACUUGCAUCUAGGACCGACCACUCGCAUCUAGGACUGGCCACUUGCAUCUAGGACUGGCCACUUGCAUCUAGGACUAGCCACUUGCAUCUAGGACUGACCUCUUGCAACUAGGACUGACCUCUUGCAUCUAGGACUGCCCUCUUGCAUCUAGGACUGAUCUCUUGCAUCUAGGAGUGACCACUUGCAUCUGAUUGGCCACUUGCAUGUGGGGCUGACCUCUUGCAGCUAGGACUGACUUCUUGAUCUAGGACCGUCACAGGACCCAUUGUUGCCACACUGCCUCAACUGUGAUGAGGGCACAAUUUACCAAUUAGACCGAAGCCUGGGGGAUCCUCCAAAGUUUUCUUAAAGAGAACUCGUUUUGAGAUUUCAUAUUAGGGGCAUUUUGAAAACUAUGGAAUUUGUCAGCAUAUCAGUUCACUUGUGUAAGUGGUGUGUUUGUUUGUUGUAUGAUAUCAGGAUGUUUUGCAUGUGGUUUGACCCUGUCUGCAUGUUCUUUUAAGUCAAUUUGGGAGCUAUUGUUGCAGUGUACCUUUACUACUAAUCUUACGCACAUUAAAUCAUGUGUUAUGGGCAUUUACAGUGCUUAUUUGAAUUUAUUGCAGUAUUAUGCAAGGAAUUGAUAUUCGAUAUAUUUUAUAUGUACCUAUAAUAAUAAAAAAUAUUCACUGUC